AGCGGGACGCGUUUGCGGUGCGGCAGCCGCUCGCCCGCUCCCUGCUGCGCUCGGUCCAAGCGGACGUGACAGCCCUGCCCAGCUCCUCCGAGCCCGCGGGGACUGCCGUGCUCGGGGGCUCGGCCGGUGCCGGCCCCGCGGGGAGGGGCUCCUGCUGUCCUGCGGCCGCGCUGCGCUGGCGCCCCCGGGCCUCCUCCUGAGGCGGGCGCGGGAGCGGGCAGAACGUGCCCCUGUGCCGGCCGGAACGACAGGUGGUGGGCGCUGCCUGGGAGGAUGGGAUGGUGCUGGUGAGCGCGCUUCGCUCCGAGCAGCAGCGGCUGGGCUGCAGCCCGCACGAAGGACUGUUGUUUCCUGUGUUCUGCCAAUGAACAAGUGCAGAAGAAGCUGGAAGGGAGCCCAGCGAAGACAGCUCGCCUGAACUGGUCAAAGGGAUAUUCCACACCAGAGAACAUCAUGCCCAGUAUAUUAACUGGAGCUGCAGAUCUUUCACUGGCUGGGAAAUGAAGCCUUUCAGGGAGGCUUUCAAGAGGAAGAGCUAAUAAAUUGCUCUGAAGUUGAUACAAGCUUCUCUGGGAAAAAGAGCAGGUCCUGGAAAGCCUGUGAUAGAGAGCAGCUGUUUUCAGAUACUUGCAUUAAAUCUCAGACGUGCUUUCCAGCCAGCUACUGCAGUGCAGAAGAUUAACAGACAUGUCCAUAGCACUCAAGCAAGUCUUUAAUAAAGAUAAGACUUUCCGCCCAAAACGCAAGUUUGAACCUGGAACACAGAGGUUUGAACUUCACAAACGAGCGCAAGCAUCUCUCAACUCAGGCGUGGACUUGAAAGCAGCUGUGCAGUUGCCCAGUGGAGAAGACCAGAAUGACUGGGUGGCUGUUCAUGUUGUCGACUUCUUCAACAGGAUCAACCUAAUUUAUGGGACUAUCUGUGAGUUCUGCACAGAGAGGAGCUGCCCAGUGAUGUCUGGAGGCCCCAGGUAUGAGUAUCGGUGGCAGGAUGACUUGAAGUACAAGAAGCCCACAGCAUUGCCAGCACCCCAAUAUAUGAAUCUUCUCAUGGACUGGAUCGAGGUGCAAAUCAACAAUGAGGAUAUAUUUCCCACAAGUGUAGGUGUUCCCUUUCCAAAGAACUUUCUCCAGAUCUGCAAGAAGAUACUCUGUCGGCUUUUUCGGGUGUUUGUUCAUGUCUACAUCCAUCACUUUGACCGUAUCAUCCUUAUGGGGGCUGAGGCCCACGUCAACACCUGUUACAAGCAUUUUUAUUAUUUUGUGACAGAGCUCAACCUCAUAGACCGCAAAGAACUAGAGCCUUUGAAAGAGAUGACAACCAGGAUGUGUCACUAAAAACUACUCACUGAACAAAAGCAAAGUCCAAUUUCCUUCUUACUGCAGAGUUCAAGAAUAUGACAGCCCUCAUGGACUAAGCCUGCUCGUUAAUCCCUGAAAGCAUGAAAGUUGGGAGCCACAGUUACUGUCACAAAUGCUUCUCUCCAGUGUCAAUGUUGUUAACCCUAAAUAUGCUGCUAAGAAUCUCAUCUGAGCAACAUGGAUUAUUGAGAAAAAGAAGAAUUAUAUCAGUUCUAGCUCCUUUAUCAGGGAUAAGAACCUCUUCAGCCAUAAGUAAUGGCAGACAGUGCCCCUGCUGCCAAAGCUUUACUGAAAUUCAGGUCCUUGGGCUGACCUCCAGACUAGUUGUUUCAAAAUGAAAUCUGCAAUUUUGCUUUCUUUUUAUUUUGUUUCUUGGUAUGUGCUUUCUUUCCUAACUGCAACAGACUAUUAAAGGUUCUGGAAUGAAAGAAGACUUAGCCUUUAAUGCCCCCUGCCCUGCUCCAGGCCACCCAAAGCUUGGCCACCAUUCCCAAAUGCUAGCAAGCCUUGUGUUUCUGGGAAGACAGCCCUGUCCUUCAGCUGAACAGACAGUUUAUGCUUCAUUGUGACUCAUAAUUUAAUGACAAUGGAAGGGUUUCUGAUUUCAACUAUGUGAACAGGGAUCCAGAUACAGCUCUGCAGUGCUGAGGUAUUUUCCUUGAAUUCAUGCUGUGACUGACAGCAAAUGUUCUCAGUAUCUCUAUAUUAUAUUAAAAAAAACCAGCUACAGUAAUUUUCCUGAAGUACCCAAUGAAGUACACCAAUCUGUUGUGUAAUUUCAUAUCCUUUUAUUCCCUUAGGAAAAGGAUCCUUCCCAAUCACCCUAAAAUUUCUUUUUUUCAGAGAAAAAUAAAUUUAAUUGGGGUAACUUGCAGGAAGAUACAGUAAAGAUGAGUAGUAAAAAAGGUUAGAGCAGGAGGGACUAAUUGAAGGUCCCUGUUGCAGCUAAACAGUACCCAGUAAUGUGACUUGCUUUGUACACUGGACUAACACAAUACAUUUUUCCAGAACUUAAUUCUGGAAAAUGAACACAUGUAUGGAUAGUCUAGAAGGAUCCAUUGCAGCAAAUCAGAUCUUCUAUGCUAAAUAUGCCCUGAGGAGGCUUUUUUCUAAAAAAAAAAUUUAAAAAAAUUUAAAAAAUUAAAGUGAUACAGAAUAUCACAAGAGAAAUAAUUCUGAAUAAAUGGGAAUCAAGUGGAACACAUCUAUGGAUUCUGUGCCUUGUAAUGAAUUUUGCACACUUGUGUUAUUGUGAAAAGUUACUUUUUCCUGAGUGAGUGCUGAACCCUGUUGCUGCCUUCUCCUCGAAUAAGUUUAGGUAUGUUUACAUCUUCUUAGACAGAAACAGAAGAAAAUCUCAUGGAGUAUCCAGUGAUUGGAACAUUUGAAAUAGAGCAGUAGCAGACACUAAAGAAUAACAGCAAAUACUUUCUAGCUCAAUGUUGUAGCACAUGAUGAUUUAUUUACCUGCUUGUUUAAAUCAGGGCUUGUAAAAUUCUUGCUGGAAAAAGUGCUUUUGUCUGUGAAUAUUUGGUAUACCUAUGAUGGGAGCUUUUCUGCAUCUCUAGAACUACGCAAGCAGCAUUAUCCUUUGCUUUCAAGGGGAUGGACCUAAGUGUUCUUACCUCCUUUGGCAGUCUUUGCAAUCAGGUUAAUUCUCUGGGGAUUGGAAUGCACACACAGUUGAUUUCUGUUCUGCUGGCACUUCUGCAGGAUAUAACUAGCUUCUGGAAUUCAUUGCCACAGCUACUCUUGAGCUUGCCUCAUUUUAAAGAAGAUGAAAAAUAUAACUUCUUUGGGGUGGUUCAUGUAGCUGGCAACUGCCUGGAAUUACAACUUCAAUUGCUUAUAAAGGGUAUCUUGAACUCCUCCGAAGUGCCUGGGCUAAGGCACUGUUUGAGAUGGAGCUCUGGCUGAUGCAGUGCACUUGAAUUUCACUGCCACCAUGGACAGUUGCCAUGUGGUGCUCUCAGUCUGGGCAGCACUGUAUUUAAAAGAUUAACAUAAAGAUGCAAAGGUGUGGAAUUUAGUGCAUAAAGAUCAAAGUCACUACACAAAAUGAAAAACAUGGGGUUCUACGAAUAAUUUAGUCUUCAUUUUAUUACACUACGUACCAUAUGCUGUUUUGAGACUAUUCACUGCAGCUGAGUCUGAAGAUUAGGCUGAGAAAAAAUUACCUGAGAAAAAAUUCAGUAACCUUUUCGUGAAUGCAUACAUUUUGUGAAUGCAAAACUAUCAGUUGGAAGUGUUUUCCUUUUUUUAAUUUUUUUUUCCACAAACCCCUAUGUUUCAUUUUCUGGUAGGGUACACUGUGUGAAGCAAAAGAGGGAAAAAUGCAGAGUUGAACCCUAGAGGGUUUGUGUUUGACCUGGCCAAAAUCCCUGUAAUGGUAAAAGUCCAUUAUUACACAGGAGAUGAGCCAGAUGCAAAGGAGGGAAAAGCAUACUUUUUUUGGUUGAUUAUUCUGCUAGGAAGAACAUGUAGUUUCCUUCCUCCACCUGACAAGGUGUGGCCUUCUGCUAGGUAUCUCUCAACAGGUACCCUUGCUUCUGCAGCACAGCUAGUGAGCCACCACCUGGCCAUCACAUACCACAGGCCAUCUCUCCUGUUCCACUCUGUGGUAGCUGACAAUCAAAUACAAAUGUCUGGAAUGUGGCAUCACUACGUAAAAGUAUCAUUUUACCCCUCCCCAUAGCGAGAGAAAAGCAGCUUCCUCUUGAAUCUUCUGAUCAAGUAUUCCAGCUGCAACAGUAAUUUGCUCAGGGCCACAAACAGACAGAACCAUGUUUUGGUUGUUAAUGCUUUCUCUACCUGAUCUUAUUAUUAAAUUUGUUUCUAAUAAUGAUAGCAUUCCAUAUUGUUCUGGGAUUGGGAAUGGUGGGGGAAGGAGAGGGAAAAAAGAGGUUACUGUUUGGAUUUUUGGUUUUGUUGUGGCUUUUUAAUCACUUUUCUAGUUCUUCAAUCAGGUUUUGUUUUUCUUACAUAUUUUUUUCCUUGAUACUUUAAAGAUGCUGUUAUGUUAAGCUUCAAGGCACUUCAUAGUGCCUUUAUAGAGGAAUCAUUUCAACUGAUUGAAACUCAGCAAUACUCUGAAGUAAUGAAAGGUUGUGAAAGGAUCCUAUGACACCAAACUUUACUUCAGUUGUUAAAGACUUGAGAACUUUCAUUGAUUGUCUCUGUAAUAAGAGAUUUUGUAAUGAACUUCUGGUUUGUGUUAACAUAGGUUAGUGACAACUGUAAUAUGAAAAAAAUCUGAACAUAACCUCCCUUAGGCUUUAUGAACAAUGGAGUCCCAGAGUCUUUUGAAGGGUGGGGUUUUUUUACUAAUCCACAACAGUGAAAUUGAUUAUUUCUAUCAGAUUUGAGAGAAGCUGGAGACUUAUGAAACUUACUAGUUUUCUCCAAGAACUCAGGCUCUAAGUCAGCAAAACUUACAUCAGGCAAGUUGACUCUCCUGAUGAAUGGAUUCAUUAAGAACAAGGCAGGGAAAGAGAGGAAAACAGAUAAGGUGCAACUCUACAGGGACCUACAGACAACAACACAAGAUGUGCAGAAACUUAAUGGGAGAACAUUGUCCUCAGUGACCACAAAUUCCUUGUCUGUGGAGAGAAUACAGAGAAUGACACUCUUUGUAGUGGGAAGCCACUCUUGUCAAGUCUCUAUUAACAGACUAAAAGGACUUUAAGCGCCUUUGGGUUAAAUAAAUUACAUAUUUUGGAGAUGUCUCACAAAAAGCUACUCCUUCCUAUUGCUUUUUACCUUCUCUGCAUGUUCUUAAGGUUUCUUAUUUUCUGGAUGGGAGGUCUCAGAGCCAGCCUUCGGCCCUUCUGUGUUCCUUUUGCUUCCCCAAGGACAUUGCUGUUACAAAAAGUAGCUUUCUCAUCUGCUUCUGUGCCUCUAGAAGGGCUACUUCUCACCUAUGUCCUCUGAAGAGAGACCAUCAAGGGCUGGCUAUUUACCAUCUCUUCUUCAGAAGAACAAAAGCGAGAGCCGGAAGUUCCUGCAAGAGCAGCAAAACAACAGUCACUACAUGUAAAACAGAAAUAUGAUUGCUAUAGUAAAGCAUGCUCUAUGGGCUUUGGAAAGGGGAUAACACUGGGGCAUCCAGUAUAAGUGGUCAGAUAUUUUUCCUACCUAUUGGAAGAAAUUUUUAAUAAAAGACAUUUUUAAUAAUUAUGGGCCAUAUUCCAAAGUCAAAGCAAGCCAAUUCAGCACUAAGAACCUGGUGAUGGUGUACGUUUAAAUAAAAAGUUAUCAAAGUUGAUUUUUUAAUGUGUUUUAUGCUAAAUAGGCGGUGAUUUCCAAGGUUUAGCUAAAUAUGUUAGAGCUCUUAAAGCGGUUUCUGUUCUGGGUUUUAAUAAGUUUUCCUGUUUUAAAGACAGAUAUAAUUAAUAUAAUUAAAAGUUAUAAUAACUUUCUCACAGAUAAAAAAGAUUCUCCAGUCUAAUACAUGUGUGUCUGUGUAUGUGCAUGUGUGUGUAUAUAUACAUAUCUGUUGUGUGUUUGGGGAUAUGGAUGUGGAAGCAUCAGCAUAUGCACAUGUACAUUCCCUGCUCUUUCCCAUGAAAUACAUUUUUUUAAAAUUUUGGUAAUUUUUUAGGGCAAUGCAUCUUUCUGAGAAAUAAGUGGUUGAUUCCUUUUCUUCCUCCAUGCAUCAGCUCUGUUUGGUGUGUUAAUUUUUUUUUUACUUCUGUCACAUUUGUCCUGGACUUUUUUAGUUGUUUGUUAUUAAAUAAUUGUUCAACUGUAUGGGAAGAGAGACCAACAUUAACUGCUGCAGUCAUUAAAAGAAAAGGAAAGUUUACUUUUCAAACCAGUCAUAAUGGAUGAAGCAAUGGAAUACAAAUAUAAAUAAAAUAAACGUAACAAUGCAGAAGUGUUGUGGAGUUAUUUGCCUUCUAACUCUUCAGCAAGAAAAAUGCAUGUGGUUUUCAUACCACAGAGCAGAAUUUUCUGGCCUUGCUCCCUGGUGCGGUUGCGCACUGAAGAGCCCGGCGACCUCCACAGCAGGGAGAAGGCG